CGCUUCGGCCGCCGCCUCCGCCGCCCUGCGCGCAGCUCCCUCGGCCGCCGCAACUUUCCCCCUCAGACUAGUGUGUGAUGUUGGACAUGGGAGAUAGGAAGGAAGUGAAAAUGCUGCCGAAAUCCUCCUUUAGCAUAAACAGCCUGGUGCCCGAAGCCGUCCAGAGCGACAACAACCACAGCAGCCACAGCCACCACAACAGCCACCACCCCCAUCACCACCACCAUCACCACCACCACCACCACCACCCGCCGCCGCAGCAGCCCCAGCGAGCGGCCGCAGCCGAGGGGGGGGGGGGGGGGGGGGGGGGGGGGGGGGGGGGGGGGGGGGGGGGGGGGGGGGGGGGGGGGGGGGGGGGGGGGGGGGGGGGGGGGGGGGGGGGGGGGGGGGGGGGGGGGGGGGGGGGGGGGGCGGGCAAAGGCGAGGCGGGCGCGGCGGCGGCGGCGGCGGAGCUGGAGGAGAAGGAGAAAGCGGCCGAGGAGAAGAAGGGGGCGGCGGAGGGGGCCAAGGACGGGGAGAGCGGGAAGGAGGGGGAGAAGAAGAACGGCAAGUACGAGAAGCCGCCGUUCAGCUACAACGCGCUCAUCAUGAUGGCCAUCCGGCAGAGCCCCGAGAAGCGCCUCACGCUCAAUGGCAUCUACGAGUUCAUCAUGAAGAACUUCCCCUACUACCGGGAGAACAAGCAGGGCUGGCAGAACUCCAUUCGGCACAACCUCUCGCUCAAUAAGUGCUUCGUCAAGGUGCCCCGCCACUACGACGACCCCGGCAAAGGGAACUACUGGAUGCUGGACCCCUCCAGCGACGACGUCUUCAUCGGGGGCACCACCGGCAAGCUCCGCCGGCGCUCCACCACCUCUCGGGCCAAGCUGGCCUUCAAGCGCGGCGCCCGGCUCACCUCCACCGGACUGACAUUCAUGGAUAGGGCAGGAUCCUUGUACUGGCCUAUGUCCCCCUUCCUCUCCCUGCACCACCCCCGGGCCAGCAGCACUUUGAGUUACAAUGGGACCACGUCCGCCUACCCCAGCCACCCCAUGCCCUACAGCUCAGUGUUGACUCAAAACUCCUUGGGAAACAACCACUCCUUUUCCACGUCUAAUGGGUUAAGUGUUGAUAGACUAGUCAAUGGAGAGAUACCUUAUGCCACUCAUCACCUCACAGCAGCAGCUCUGGCCGCCUCAGUGCCGUGUGGCUUGUCAGUUCCCUGCUCCGGCACCUAUUCCCUAAACCCCUGCUCUGUAAAUCUCCUAGCAGGACAGACGAGUUACUUUUUCCCCCAUGUUCCUCACCCUUCAAUGACUUCUCAAAGCAGCACUUCAAUGACGGCCAGGGCAGCCUCCUCCUCCACGUCGCCACAGGCGCCCUCCACUCUCCCCUGUGAGUCCUUAAGACCUUCUUUGCCAAGUUUUACAACGGGACUUUCCGGAGGACUUUCUGAUUAUUUCACACAUCAAAAUCAGGGGUCUUCUUCAAACCCUUUAAUACAUUAACAUCCAUGGGAUCAGACUGUAAGUGAACAUUUUACACACAUUUGCAUUGUAAAUGAUAAUUAAAAGGAAAAAAAAGCAAAACAAAAAAGUCCAGGUAUUUUUUAUUAAGUCCCCCAUUUUCUGUACGUUUGUUCAGUCUUUAGGGUUGUUUAUUAUUCCACCAAGGUGAGGAGUGUCAGCAAGGUGCAAUGUGGGGAGAUUGCAUUGUAGACUAUGAAGUUUGGAAGACAAAAUUAUAGUAGAAUGUGUAUCUAAAUAGUGACUGCUUUUGCAAUUUUUUACUCAAAUAUGAUAAGUCUAUCACUAAAAGCCGCCCGAUUCUCCAUGUUUGCAGUAUUAUAAGUUAUCAUGGAUAUGUCGGUGGGUGCAGACCUUGAAAGAAAAAAAAACAAACCAAACCACUAAAUUUAUGAAAACUAUAAAAAAAAAAUCUUAAAACAUAAUUUGUAUUUAAGCAGAAUUAAUACUGAAAAAUGCCCAAGAUCUACUUUUGACCAUUUAUUAUUUUAUUCUUUACCGAAUUGCUUUUUUUUUUUUUUGUUCAUUUGUUUGUUUGUUUACUUUUAGACCAAAGAUUGGGUUUUAGAAAAUGCACUCAGUGUACGAAGUAAUUUAAAAAAACAGCAACAUUAUUUCAGUUUGCAGCACUGCCCGUUCAAAUGAAUCAGAAGGGGACAAAAUUAAUGAUUGCCUUCAGUUUGUGUUGUGUAUAUUUUGAUGUAUGUGGUCACUAACAGGUCACCUUUAUUUUUUUUCUAAAUGUAGUGAAAUGUUAAUACCUAUUGUACUUAUAGGUAAACCUUGCAAAUAUGUAACCUGUGUUGCGCAAAAGCCGCAUAAAUUUGAGUGAUUGUUAAUGUCGUCUUAAAAUUUCUUGAUUGUGAUACUGUGGUCAUAUGCCCGUGUUUGUCACUUACAAAAAUGUUUACUAUGAACACACAGAAAUAAAAAAAUAGGCUAAAUUCAUAUAUACUUGAUAGUUUUUUUGUCUCUUUUAUUAACCCUAAUGUGGCAGAGGCUUUAAAGUUACAGUGAGAUCAGAGCGCUGCUUAUUGCACGGUCCACCAUUUUUCACAUGCUCCCUUCUUUCUCCCCCCGCCCCCUCCCUUGCUGUCUUUAACUGCAGUAUUUUCAAAUGUAAAGGAUCAGGGUAUUUAUU